AGGGCGGGGACGCGGCCGGGCGGGCGGUCCCGAAGUCACGACUGGGUCAAGAGCGGCGGGCGGUGCCUUCUCCCGGGGAGGCGCCCGCGAAACCGGUGCCCUCGGCCGACGGGCGAGGCGUCCUCCUCGUGGCUUCUCGGAGCCUUUCCCUGGCCAGCGGCUCUUGGGGGCGGCGAGGGCGAGGGCGAGGGCGCCUGGCUCGCUGAGCCGGAGGGAGAAGUCAGGCUGCCCGGUCCUGCCUUGCUCCCCCUGGCUGGGGCUCGGGGCACCGCCUCUGCCCGGGGUCUGCUCUUCGCCGACAGAAUCCUGCCCCGUGUCGGCCCCGCCUGAGUCUAGGCCGGGGUUUUACCUCGUAGGAACGAGUACUAUCAGCGUCGGCUCCUUGGGCAACAUGGCAUCCCCUAAAUUGUGCGUGGCAGUGAUUGGGGCAGGAGCGGCUGGCCUCUGCGCCGCCCGGCACAUACUCGCCUCUCCAGACACAUUUGCUCCUCCAGUGGUGUUUGAGGCGUCUGAUCAUGUUGGAGGCACCUGGGUUUACACAGAGGAGACUGGGGAGGAUGCCAAUGGAUGGCCUAUCCAUUCCAGCAUGUACCGUGACCUGAGGACCAACUUGCCCAAGGAGGUGAUGGCAUUUCCUGAUUUCCCCUUUGAUCCUUCUUUGCCUUCCUUUCUGCACCACUCGGCUGUACUGGCCUACCUGGAGAGAUACACAGAACAUUUUGGCAUCCAAGAUCACAUCCGGUUCCGAUGGAAGGUGGACAAUGUCAGACCUGCCCCAAAGAGGAAAGAGGGUAUCCCAAGUGGCUGGGAUGUCACAGCCACACGGCAGGCACCAGCACCAAUGCGCCAGCAGCUGACAGAGCACUUUGAUGCCAUCAUGGUGUGCACUGGACAUUAUUCCAGUCCUUUUAUACCAUCCAUCCCUGGCCUGGACAGUUUCCAAGGCUGCCUUCUGCACAGCCACUCCUUCCGCCACCCAGAGCCUUUUGCUGGCUUGUCUGUGGUGCUCGUGGGUGCUGGCCCAUCCGGUGUUGACCUGGCUCUGCUGCUAUCUCCUGUGGCUGCUCGAGUGGUGCUGAGCCACCAAGGGUCGCCUGUGUGUGGGAUGCCUGGGACGGUGAUGCAGGUGCCCCCGCCCUUGAGGGUGGCAGAGGACUCGGUAGUGUUCAAGGAUGGCUCAGAGGUGCAGGCAGAUGCCUUGAUCCUUUGUACUGGCUACCAGUACCACUUUCCCUUUUUAGAUUUAGCCCAGCUGGGCUUACAGAAGACCGACUAUGGAGUAGGCCCUUUGUUCCAGCACUUGUUGCCCCCUCAGCACCCUUCACUGUUCUUCAUUGGACUAUGCCAGCAGAUCUGCCCCUUUCCUCACUUUCACUGCCAGGUGCUCUUUGCACUGGCAGUGCUGACUGGGUGCUGCCCCCUUCCGUCAGCAGCUGAGAUGGAGGCUGACGUCCAGGCUCAGCUGGACCAGUACCUGAGGAGCGGUAGACUGAGCCGGUACUUUCACCGGCUGAAAGAGCAGCAGUGGAGCUAUGCGAAAGAGCUGGCCCACCUUGCAGGCUUCCCCCCUCUCCCCCCUGCUCUCCAAGAGAUCUAUGAUGCUGCACGUGCUAACCGUGCCCUCGAUGUGGCCACUUACCGUGGCAGAAACUAUCGCCUGCUGGGACCCAAUGCCUGGGAGGUGGUGCAGGACCCCGUUCGGGAUAGAGCAAGAGACGACCAUGCACUGUGAAAUUCUUCAGCACCCAAAGGAGAGGAGAGGAGGGCUCUGUUUUCCUAUAAUUAUUACUGUCUGAGACCCGAAGAUAGCCAGAAGGGCCACGCAACCAAGAGGUACUGGCUGAAGGCACAAAAGACAAAGCCUCAUGCGUGCCCAGCCGCAUGUGCAUGUGCGCGUACACCACACACACACGCACAAACACACAGACAGAGGGGCCUGUUUGAAGCAGCAGCAACAGCUCCUGCUGGCAAGAAUUUCUGAACAAAGAUCCCACGUGGGAGAAUAAUUUGACAGAGAGGAAUGAAAAGCCAACUAAAGCAGGGGAGGAUGACUAUGGGUAUACUCAGCCCUGGGCAUCCAGUCACCUUUGGUGGCAGAGAGGAUAGGAACCUCUGCCCCUUGUCCCCGGGCCUGACAUCACACCAGCCCAGCAGCCUUCACCUACUCUUUUCUGAUCCCUUCUGGGCUGUUUCCCACUGUAACCAGCCAGACGUACUCGGGACCUCUCCUGGCUGUGAAUAGAAGAACGACCUCUCACCCUAACUGGUAUUCAGCAUGCACUGCCUCUCUGUUGAGAUGCCAUCUCCUCUACUGACAUCCCUUUUGACUUUUGAAGUUCUCUUAGCUCGUGACUCCCAGCACAGUCUCUGGCAGGAAGAAGGCACUGUGUAUACUAUGGGUAUGAAAGGAGACUGCCUCCGCCCCCUCCCCCCACUGUCUGUUUCAUAGGAUAGCCAUCCUGACCCUUGGCAUUAUUGGGGAGGUAGCAGAAAUGACGGUCAUGAACAGGCUCCGGCUUUAUUGGCUGAGCCAGGACGGUGGUGCCCAUUGGUCAGUUGAAGUGGAGGCCUCUUUGCUUCUAAAGUAAGUUUUAGCUGCUUUCAAGGGAGGACAGAAAUGUUUUCAAAAGUUGGGUUCUAAAGCAGCACAGAAUGUCUGAAGGAGCACUUUGGUCACUCUUUAAGUUCCAAGGGUUACUCCUCCCUCCACUGUAGGGCAAACUCCUCCCAUCAAACUCCUUCUCAAGCUCUACAGCCCUGCCAAGGGAUGCCAGCAGCCAGCCUUCUCUCAGGCAAGCAUUUUGGAAGCUGUGAGGCUUUGUGGUACUAAAUCAGGGGUCAAGGAACUUUUUUACCUUUUACCCCCCCUCCAAAAAAAUUUAUAUACAGCAAUACCCCACCCCCUCACAGCACCGCCCCUCUAGGCAUCCGCGGCGACACCCCCCCCCCCCCUUGCGCUCACAUGGGAACUGCUGCCACCAUCCAGACAGCCAGUUUGGAGCAGCCACGCUGCCAGGAAAGCACAUCCUUGGCGAGGGGAGGCAAACACCACAGGGCCGGCAGGGGAGAGGGGAAACUUGUGGACCCAGAUUACAUGGGCCGAUUCUAGACUCUCUGUCCCCAACAGCCAAGCUGCCAGGAGAGAAGAGGGAAGAGUGAGUUUGCCUACACUUAGACCUAGACUCACCCACCCACACCCUCAGCCUUACCGAUUGCUGGCAUGUUCUGCCCUCUCCAAUAAGUCACUCCAGAAGGACUGUAGCCAUGAAAAGGGAGAUGUCACCAGUUCUGAGAUUGUCUGGUGAGGUAAUGGCAGUGAGGAAAAACACCCUCCAGAAUGGGUGCUUUGAAGACACUGACUUGAACCUGGUGAGAAUGUGGUGGGCAACUGGGAGGUUCCACCAGGGGCGUCCAUUCCAUACAGGAAGAGCUAUCAGAGACACACCCCUCAGGGAAUGAUUGAUACACUUCUGUGUGUGCUUUGGCCAAGAUGAUGCACCUGCCUCUAGAACUGCUGAUUGUCUCUUUCAAGAUGGCUGCCAGACCACUAUCCAUGCCCUCCUGCAAGAAAUCUAUAAUAUUAAAAACCGUGGCUUUCCA